AUUUAUUUUUCCUUUGAAUUAAAAAAAAAUAUCAAAGGCCGAAUAAAAAACAUCAUUCGGCAAGUUCAUCGAUCCACGAAAAAAAAGAAACGAUGAGGCUUAAUGGGGAUUCGGGUCCGGGUCAGGAUGAACCCGGUUCGAGCGGGUUUCACGGCGGAAUCAGACGAUUCCCGUUAGCAGCUCAGCCGGAGAUUAUGAGAGCUGCUGAGAAAGACGAUCAAUACGCUUCUUUCAUCCACGAAGCUUGCCGCGAUGCCUUCCGACACCUUUUCGGUACAAGAAUCGCUCUUGCUUACCAGAAGGAGAUGAAGCUACUUGGACAGAUGCUUUACUAUGUUCUUACGACAGGUUCAGGGCAACAAACUUUAGGAGAGGAAUAUUGUGACAUUAUACAGGUUGCAGGGCCUUAUGGACUCUCUCCUACACCAGCUAGACGUGCUUUGUUCAUAUUGUACCAGACCGCAGUUCCAUAUAUCGCAGAGAGAAUUAGCACUCGAGCUGCUACGCAAGCAGUCACCUUUGAUGAGUCUGAUGAGUUUUUUGGUGAUAGUCAUAUCCACUCACCAAGAAUGAUAGAUCUUCCAUCUUCAUCUCAAGUUGAAACUUCAACUUCUGUAGUAUCUAGGUUAAACGAUAGACUUAUGAGAUCGUGGCACCGAGCUAUUCAGCGAUGGCCUGUGGUUCUUCCUGUUGCCCGCGAAGUCUUACAACUGGUUUUGCGUGCCAAUCUGAUGCUCUUCUACUUUGAAGGUUUUUAUUAUCAUAUAUCGAAACGUGCAUCCGGGGUUCGUUAUGUUUUCAUAGGAAAGCAACUGAAUCAGAGACCUAGAUACCAAAUUCUUGGGGUUUUCCUUCUAAUCCAAUUGUGCAUCCUUGCUGCUGAGGGCUUGCGUCGGAGUAAUUUGUCAUCUAUCACUAGCUCCAUUCAGCAGGCUUCUAUAGGAUCUUAUCAAACUUCAGGAGGGAGAGGUUUACCUGUUUUAAAUGAAGAGGGGAAUUUGAUAACUUCGGAAGCUGAAAAGGGAAACUGGUCUACCUCCGAUUCAACUUCAACGGAGGUAAAAUAUUUAUAAAUAAGUUAGAAACUUCUGUUACUUUGUAAUGGCUAAUAUCUUGAAUAGUGAUCAUUAUUGGGAAAGGACAAUAGGUAAUAAUAUACUUGGAAGAGAGGCACAUAACUCUGAGCAAAAUGUAUUAUGCUCUUACGCAAAGGUUAUGUUGUAUAAGUGUGAUUAAGAAAACCAAAAUGAUAGUUUACUCUGUUGGUAUGAGUAUCUGAUAAGAGUAGAUGGCCACUCGACUGAUCCCGCUCUACAUAUAGUUUCUAGCGAGACAAGGCAGUAGGGAAAUGCACUCUCUGCUUAAGCACCCGUCAGCACCCAACGGCCACUCCUUGUGGUCAUGUGUUUUGUUGGAGCUGCAUUAUGGAAUGGUGCAACGAGAAGCAAGAAUGCCCUCUUUGUCGAACGCCCAAUACCCAUUCAAGUUUGGUUUGUUUGUAUCAUUCUGAUUUUUAGGCACAAUGGGAUCAACAAAGACAGGCACUGCAGAAAGGCAAAGCAGCUAAGACAGUGACACCUAAGGACAGUGCAUCUGCUACAGGAAUGGAAUCUGCUUCGGCUUCAGACUUUUUGAGUAAGAUCAACAAGUUAUGAGAGAAGACAGAAUAAAUAUAUUUCUGACAUCAUUCUCGAUCCCAUGCCUACCUUUUUCUCUAUGAUAUUUAGUGCAGAAACCACAGAGGUUUGUUGUUUUACAUUUCAUUAAAAAGAGUUGGAGAUGUUAGGUGGUCUUUCACAUUCUAUAUUACAUAUAAUAAUCUCAAUUGGAGAUCUAUUACAAGACAAGAAAAUCUCAUAUUAGGCACAAUACCAUUUUAAAAUGUUAGGUGUUGUUCGUUUAAUCAGUUAGGUAGUGCCUCUGGGUGAUCCAUCCAGAAGAUCCAUUCAGAUGCAUCAUUUGGAUGAUGUUCGUUUCUGAAGUUGAUAGUGCAUCUGGAUGAAUCAUUUGAAUGCAGAUGUGUUCGUUUGAAUUGUUUUUUAACAAUGUGCAUCUGCAUCUGAAUGCAUAAUGUACCAAAUGACUAAAAAGGACAUAUAUUUAUUUUAGUGUAAUUCUUCAAAUUUUAAAGGAGUAUUUUAG